AUGGAUUCGAAAAGUACUGAAACAAAUGAAACUUUACCGCCUGGAGAAUUCAUUGACGACUAUUCACAUCUCCGUUUCUCAUAUUAUCAGGAUGAUAGCUUCAACAGUUCAUUCACAACAAAUUCUAGUGUCUUGUCCAACGAUACUUUGGAAACCAACGUCAGUGACUUUAACACCAAAAAAGCUGAACCACAAAUUCCGGAUUUGCCUCACCCUUCAUACGUCAUGGCAUCGAUAAUAUCAUCUGCCUCGAAUAGAAUGAACACGGGCAAUAUGCAAUUCAAAUAUGCUAACGGAGUUGAAACAGCAAAAACGCAACCUGCGCAGUUUAAGUUUUCACCAUCCCGCCGGUCUACUUUGAUGCCAGAGAAAAAUAACAAUACAUUGCAAUAG